UCAAAUCCCUCAAUAAGCUUAAGUUCAAAUCUCUCUCUCUUUCUCUCUAGUUUCAAAUCCCUAAAAAAGCUUAAAGUUCAAAUCUCUCUCUCGCUAGUUUCAAAUCCCUGAAAGAAGCUUAAAAGUCAAAUCUCUCUCUCUCGUUCUAAUUUCAAAUCCCUGAAAAAAGCUUUAGUUCAAAUCUCUCUCUCUCUCUCUCUGGUUUCAAAUCCCUCAGAUUCAGAAAAGAUCUUACGUUCAAUUUUCUCUCUGUACUGUAUUCAAAUCCUAAUCUCAAUUGCAGAGCAUAAUCAAGCUCUGUUCUCUCUGCAUCUCUUUCUAUCUCUAUGGUUUGAAAUAGAGAAAAGCUUAAGCUCAAAGCCCUCUCGCUAUCUACUGAUUUUCAAAUCCUGAUCUCAAUUGCAGAGACUAAGCUCAAUUGGAGAGAAGUAGCUUAAAGCCUUCUAUUUUAGCUGGUUUUGAACUAAGAAGCUUCGGUGCAAGAGCAAUGGAAACUCAUUCCUUCAAGUACGUGAUCCUUGGAGGAGGAGUUUCAGCAGGAUAUGCUGCUAGGGAGUUUGUUAAACAAGGACUUCGCCCUGGCGACCUGGCAAUCAUAUCCAAAGAGUCGGUGGCUCCUUAUGAACGUCCAGCACUUAGCAAGGGCUAUCUUUUUCCUGAAGGAGCAGUGGAUCUUCCUGGGUUCCAUGUUUGCGUUGGAAGCGGGGGCGAGAGAUUACUUCCUGAAUGGUACAGCGAGAAAGGCAUAAAACUCAUUCUUGGUACCGAGGUAACCAAAGUAAAUAUAGCCGAGAAAACUCUUACAACUGCAGCUCAAGCUGUCUUCAAAUAUGAGACUUUGAUAAUUGCAACUGGAUCUUCAGUAAUAAGGUUGUCCAAUCAAGGUGCUAAUGCCAAAAACAUAUUUUAUUUGAGAGAAAUUGAAGAUGCAAGUGAACUUAGAAAAGCAGUAGGGGCAAAUAAGAAUGGAAAAGCUGUGGUUGUUGGUGGAGGAUACAUAGGUCUUGAGCUGGGAGCUGUACUGAGAAUGCACAAUUAUGAUGUCACAAUUGUCUACCCUGAACCAUGGUUUUUGCCCCGUCUCUUCACCGCUGAAUUAGCUCACUUUUAUGAGGGUCACUACAAACACAAGGGAGUAACACUCAUCAAGGGAACAAGAGCUGUUGGAUUUGAGUCACAUGCAGAUGGAACCGUCAAGACAGUGAAAUUGAAGGAUGGUAGAGAGCUCGAUGCUGACAUUGUUGUUGUUGGUAUUGGAGCAAGGCCACUCAUAUCUCUUUUCAAGGACCAGCUAGAAGAGGAAAAAGGUGGAAUCAAGACCGAUGGAUUUUUCAAAACAAGUGAGCCUGGGGUUUAUGCCAUUGGUGAUGUUGCAACUUUUCCGAUGAAAAUGUAUGGUGACAUGAGGAGAGUGGAGCACGUAGAUCAUGCAAGGAAGUCGGCAGAACAAGCUGUGAAGGUAAAAAGCAUAAAAGAAAAUCUCUAAUGGCUUCAGUUAUACUGAAAGAUUAGAGGUUUAACAAUAGGUUGAAUAUGUGGGGGAUAU